UUCCAAGUUACUACAGGAAUCAGGACAGUGUUUCACUUGCCGUUCAGCCACUAAACCAGUCAACAAAUAUGAAUUAAAACUAUUUUUUUAUUUUUACAUAUAACAACUGUUAACUUUGGAUAUUUAAUACAAAAUAAAGUCAUGAUUAUGCUUUUCAUCUCAUAAAGUGUUUUACUAUUUUAACAAAUUCAAUCAAAACUGUACUUAAAAGUGUGCUCUGGCAUUGCCUAAGCUAUUCUCAUAAUGGGUGUUGCCGUUUCUUGGAUUCUUAGUUACUUUUUGGGUGCGCUGAUUUCGAUUUUGUGUCUUCUUUAUCUUCAAUUUCUCAUCUAUUUACAAAUACUUUGAAGUCCGUGGAGUACCCUAUGAACCACCCAGUCUCGCCGUCGGGAACUUAUGGCCCGUCCUCACGUUGAAGAAGUCUUACAAUGAUUUUAUAUUUGAUAUGUAUAAUAAGCAUAAAGGAAAAAAGAUGGUCGGAAUUUUCCAAUUUUUCAGAAAGGGCGUUUUAAUAAUUGACAGAGAUCUCUUGCGGAAUGUUUUGGUGAAGGACUUUGACCAUUUUGAUGGCAAGAGUCUCCACUAUAACAAAGAACUGGAGCCUUUGACUGCCCAUUUAUUUUCCCUGGGUGGAUAUGAGUGGAAGGUUCUGAGAACAAAACUAACGCCGACGUUUUCGUCCAGCAAACUGAAAGGGAUGUUCCAGAAUGUCAUCGAUAUCGCCCAUAAACUGAGGGAGUAUGUUUCCAAUAUGACUGCGCAAAGUGAAGAGUUGGAUUGUAAGAAUGUUUCUCUGAGGUUCGGUCUCGCCGUGAUCGCCAGCACGGCCUUCGGUCUUGACAUCGACAUCGUCACAGAUAAGUCGUCAACGUUCUUCGAGAUGGCCGAGAGUAUUUUCUCCCCUUCUCUUGAUGGUAUGUAUCGGAAUGGCCUCUGGUUCUACGGAGGAUCCAUCGCUAAGGCAUUCAAUUUGAGGAUCAUGCCUAAGAAAACUCACGACUUCUUCUUUAACUUGGUGAAAGACACAGUGCAUUAUAGAGAGUCACAUGGAACUACCAGAAAUGAUCUUCUGCAGCUACUUAUACAGCUCAAACAGGGAGCCAAAUUUGGCGGUGAAGACAUAAGUAUCACAAUAGAAGAAUUGGCAGCCCAAUCGUACGUGUUCAUGCUAGGAGGGUUUGAGACGACCUCUAGCGUCUUGGCUUUCUUCCUGUACGAGAUGGCGAUGAACCCAGAGGUACAGGAGCGGGUCUACGCAGAGGUCGAUGCUGUGGAGGAUAUAACGUAUGACACUCUGGCUGACAUGGAAUAUCUUGAUAUGGCACUUAAUGAACUACUUCGAAAGCACUCGCAACCAGGCUUCCUGAACAGAUCUUGCACCAAGGACUACCUUGUACCUGGUACCGACUUCAUCAUAGAGAAAGGAACAGAGGUGUUGGUCUCCGUACAAGGUCUGCACAAGGAUCCUGAACUGUUCCCUGAACCUGAACGAUUCAUCCCUGAACGGUUCAGCAAAGAGAACAAAGGAACGAUCCGACCGUUUUCUUACAUGCCUUUCGGAGAAGGUCCAAGAUAUUGCAUAGGUAAGCGGUUAGCCAAGUUAAUGAUCAAGGCGGCUGUGGUGGUCCUAAUGAAGCGGUUCUCAGUGAUGACGUCACCCAGAACACCGAACCCGCUGAGAUACGAUCCCCGAUCAAUCUCCCUGGCACCGGCCGGGGGUAUGUGGCUGCGACUGGUCGACAGGUCGCUAGUUCAGUGACAUCAAGAUUACCGGCAAGGCUUCUGCGAGGAAUCCAAUAACUUAUGUUAAAAAAAAUAGUGAAUGGUCUAGAAUAGCAUUGAAAUAUACUGUCAACUGCAAACUGUAUUUAAGUCCAAGAUAGCGUGUAAUAAAAGUAGAAAGAAUGUAAAACAUAUGUAGAGUUAUUUUUAAAUGUUAUAAAACGUUUAAAGAUAUAUUUUAGUGCA